ACUCCUCUUUCUCUCUCUAUCUCUAUCUCUCUGUCUCUCUGUCUCUCUCUAUCUGUAACAGUAGUGUUGGUUGAAGUUUGAAGGAGGAAUAAUUGAGGGCAUAAUGGCAGAAAUGCUGAGUGAAGAACAGAUUGUCGAGUUCAAAGAAGCGUUUUGCUUGUUUGAUAAAGAUGGAGAUGGUUGUAUUACUGUGGAAGAACUGGCGACGGUGAUUCGGUCGUUGGAUCAGAAUCCGACGGAGGAAGAGCUUCAAGAUAUGAUCAGCGAGGUGGAUGCAGACGGCAACGGAACCAUAGAAUUCGCAGAGUUCUUGAACCUCAUGGCCAAGAAGAUGAAGGAAACUGAUGCGGAAGAGGAACUGAAGGAGGCGUUCAAGGUGUUUGACAAAGAUCAAAAUGGCUAUAUCUCAGCGAGUGAGCUGAGGCAUGUAAUGAUAAACUUAGGAGAGAAAUUAACAGACGAGGAAGUGGAUCAAAUGAUAAAAGAGGCUGAUUUAGAUGGUGAUGGCCAAGUUAAUUUCGAUGAAUUUGCCAAGAUGAUGACCACCAUUGGUUGAAUUUAUUUCCUAAAUUAUAUUUCUUAUUAUUCAAUUAUGCUUCAUCAUUUCCCUUUAAAAUGUAUUAAUUAUUAUUGUUUUUUUAAUUUCCCCUUUUUGUUGUUGUAUUUUUAUUACUCGUAGCCCUUAUGUGAAUGACCCAGCAUUUAGUUGUCACUUCAAAAUCAUCAUUUGACUGUUCAACUUCCAAGUUAUUAAUUAAUUAGAUCUUAUUCUUUUUAUAA